AUGAUAAAGAAGAGAAAAUUAAAAACUGAUAAUAAAUGCAUGAGAAUUCCCUUAGAAAAAGAUGAAGACUUGAAAAUUCAAGAAAGUACUAAAAACGAAUUAAUUCAUAAAAAUUUUAAAAUAUUGAAAUUAGAAACCUCAAAAAAUCUUAAACUACUUCAAAAUAUAAGAUUAAAAAAGAAAGGAAUAAAUGCUGACAAUAUAAUCUACGAAUCAAAAGUUUUAGAAAAAAAUGAAAAAGAAAAAAAAUUAUUAGAUAAACAAUUUACCAAAAACAUUACUGAAAAGGAAAUAGAAGAUGCUCAUGUAGAAUCAUUUAUAAGAGAAAAUAUGAAGGAAUUUUAUGAAGAAAAAGAUGAAAAAAAAAAAAAAAAAGAAGAGCAGGAUGAUAUUGUUAAAGAUUUAUAUAAAAUAUCAGAUCAUUUAAAAGUUAAAAGUUCUAUUAAUGAUAAUUCAGAAAAAUUAAAUUGUAUUACGGGAAUUACUGAGAUACCACUACCAUUAGAAAUUAAAUUAAAAAAUAUUGAAGAAACAGAAAAAAUUAAAAGAAAAUUUUUAAGAAAUGCAAAAUUUCUUAAUACAGAAAGUAAUAAUUAA